AUGCAAAACAAUAACAAUGGCAGCAGCUGUAGCAGAAGUGGGAACGGUUUAACAGAUACUAACAUGGAAUCCGCAGCGGCGUUAAAGCAGGCAAUAAGGGAGGGGCAUCUCGUAGCAUACUACACUCAUCCAUACCAGCUACCAGUCGGAUGCGGCACGACGGAGCAAGCACAGAGCCAACUUCCUCAUGGUGAAGCAGUUGCUGCACCAGGUGAUUUUUCUUUCCUACCGUUUCCGGCGUAUUGUGGCUUGACAACAGUCGAUAAGGUGCUCUACAAGCAUCAUUUGAGUCAUGACGUCGUCUCCUAA